AUUAAUUUCAUUAAUUUGCAUGUUUUCCCCAAACAGCCAAGCGGUGGUGUGUUUUGGGAGAUUUUUCUGUGCUGAUAGCAGAGAACAUUGAGGAAGGGUGGGGGGAAAGUGAGAAGCAGAUAAGAGGCCAGGGGGGAACGCUUGUGACAGUUUUCUUAAAGUUUGUUUUUGGAGUAGGCUCACUGUUUACUUAUGGGUUAAGUGAAUUGUUAGAGGAUGGAGAUUUCCAGUCAAAGCAGAGUCAGGAAAUGUGUCUGCAGAGACACUUGAGUCUACAUCAGACGCAGAUGGGAGAUAGGAAUGCGGUCCUUUAUUCAAAUAAGCUGUUUAGACAUGAUGCGGCUUCGGACGUAACAUUUAAAGGAUGUUCUUUAAAAUGCCUGAGUUUGAACAUCUAAGAGAUCCAUCCUGACCACAGCAUCACCGUCCACAAUGACUGAAGAUACUUGGAUGAUGCACAGAGCAUUCAGAAAGUGUUCACGCUUUACUUUUCCCACAUUUUGCUAUGUUACAACCCUAUCCCAAAUGUUAUUAAAUUAAUCUCUUUCCUCAAAAUUGUACUCACUAAUAUCUCAUUAUGACAACAGAAAAACAGACAACCACGACAAAUACACACUUGCAUUCAUAUUCACAGCCUUUGCUUAUUGAUCAUCCUUGAGAUGUUUCUAAAAGAUGGAGUGAACCUCCACCUUUUAGAAACAUCAAAUUCAGUUGAUUGGAUUUGAUUUGUUAAAGUUCACACCUGUCCAUAUGAGGUACCAUAGUUAACUGUGCAGGUCACAGGUCAAACACCAACCAUGAAACCAUAGGAAUUGUUUCAAGACCUCUGAGACAGGAUUGUCUUCAGACACAAAUCUGGGGAAGGAUCCAGAAACAUUUCUGCUGCUUUGAAGGGUCCCAAUGAGCUCAGCUGCCUCCGUCUUUGGUUGAUGGAAGAAGUGUGGAACCAUCAGGACUCUUCCUAGAGCUGGCCGUCUAAAUUCAGCGACCGGAGAGGGAAGAGCAUUAGUCAGAGAGGUGACCAAGAGCCCAAUGGUCACUCUGUCAAAGCUCCAGCCUUCCUCUGUGGAGAGAGGAGAACCUUCCAGAAGGAUAAUCAUCUCUGGAGCAAUACACCAAUCGGGUCUGGAUGGUGAGAGGCCAGAUGAAAGCCACUUUUUAAUAAAACAAACAUGGCUGCACAUUGGGAGGCACCUGAAGGACUCUGACCAGGAGAAACGAAACAAAACAAAACGGUUCAAUGUCCUCCAGGACAACGACCCAAAGCACAAGGCCAAGAUUUCAAAGACUUCAGAACCACUCUGGGAAUGUUCUGGAGGUGCCAAGCCAGCCCAGAGUCCAAACUUAAUUAACUGAACAUCUUUGGAGAGAUCUGAAAAUGCCGGCACAGAGGUCUCCAUCCAACCUGAAGAAGAAUGGACCAAACCGGUGGCAUUAUAUUUAAAAACAUGUUGAGACUGUAAUUGAUGUCAAAGCUGGAUCAACAAAGUAUUGAGCAACAGCUGUGAACACUUGCAUAAAUGUGAUUACUUGGCGUUCUAUUUUUAAUAAAUUAGCAAAAAUCGUCAUAAUGAGGUUUUGGUGUGUAGAAUUUUGAAGAAGGAGAAUAACUUGAUAUCAUUUGAAGGUGCGUGUGAAUGCUUUUCGGAUUGGACUGUAUCUACCAAAACUUCAUGGGAAAAGUGGCAAAGUGUGUUAUACUUACAGAUUUCAAAUUAGAUUAAAUGCCCUUCAAUUAGACUGUUUCUCCUUAAGUGAAUCGGUUGGCACAGUCCGUCUUCAUGAAGUCAGAGCUUAAAAUCAGAGCGCUCCUUCACUUUUCUCUUGGAGAGGUGACAAUCUGAUGCCAGAGACACAGCCGUGAUGCUUCACUGGCGAAGAUCAGAGCAGGUCCUGCAGCCUGGUGUUUACCAGAACUGACCAGAGGAAGUCUGAUAGCCAUCUCACAGGAUGUAACACUCUACUUUUUUCAUCAGGGAUCUCUCUAUCUUUCUCCCUCUCAUGCAUGUGCAUUUCUACAUGCUUUCAUGCAUCGUGCAAGACAGUGACGCACGUAUACGUUCACUGUCGGCUUGUCCUGAUGUAACCCAGCAACACACACACGCACACACACACAUUUUGUCUGCUUCUCAGCAGCGGUCUUUCCUAUUGCCAAUUGACCCUGAGGAUUACAAGCCAUAGGUCUCAGGGGCUAAAACAAUUCAGACAUGCACAUGGCAUCCUGUGAUAGAUCCAGUAUUAACACCUGACACCUCGAAAACAGGAAAAAAGCCGGUAGACAGAUGCACUGGGGUGUUUGGAGGUGGAGCAUGAGCACGGCUAUAAAAACCCUGAGAAGGAAGUCUUGGCUUCACUCUCAUGAGAAGGGAGACCGCCUCCAUCAUGUCGUACUAUGAGCACGUCUACCUUGACUUCAACGACACAGGCUCUGGCUCUGGCUUCUGGGACGAUGGAGAGAACCUGGAAGAGUCUUGCAAUGUGGAGCACGGGAUGACCGCCGAGCUUCAUCGGGUCUUCUUACCCGUGGUCUACGCCAUAAUCUUCGUCUUGGGCAUAACCGGAAACGGUCUGGUGGUCGUGGUGUUGGGCUGCCAGCGCAGGUCAAAGUGCAGCCUGACAGACUGGUAUCGACUCCAUCUCUCUGCUGCCGACCUCCUCUUUGUUCUGGCACUUCCCUUCUGGGCAGUGGAUGCAGCCUUGGAUGACUGGCGUUUUGGAGGGGCCGCUUGCAUCGGCGUGCACGUGAUCUACACCGUCAACCUGUACGGCAGCGUGCUCAUCCUGGCGUUCAUCAGCCUGGACCGCUACUUGGCAGUGGUCCGAGCAACGGGCACAAACACCGGUGAGCUGAGGCAGCUGCUGGCACACAAGGCGGUUUAUGUAGGUGCGUGGUUGCCUGCGACCCUGCUGGCCGUCCCAGAUAUGAUAUUUGCUCGGACUCAGGAAGGCGGAGAGGGCGCCACCGUGUGCCAGCGCUUCUACCCCGAAGAAAACGCCCCCGUCUGGGUGGCCGUCUUCCACCUUCAGCUGGUCCUGGUGGGCCUGGUGAUCCCUGGUCUGGUCCUUCUUGUGUGCUACUGCGUCAUCGUCUCCAGGCUGACCCGGCCAGGCCCGUUGGGGGGCCAGAGGCAGAAGCGGCGGGCGGUCAGGACCACGAUCGCCUUGGUUCUCUGCUUCUUCAUCUGCUGGCUCCCGUACGGAGCGGGGAUCUCCGUGGACGCGCUGCUGCGUCUGGAGGUCCUGCCCCGCUGCUGCAGGCUGGAGGCGGCUCUGGGCGUGUGGUUGUCUGUGGCGGAGCCCAUGGCGUUCGCACACUGCUGCCUAAACCCGCUGCUUUACGCGUUUCUGGGGGCCGGGUUCAAGAGCUCGGCCCGGAGGGCCCUGACUCUGAGUCGGGCCUCCAGUUUGAAGAUUUUACCCUGGAGACGCAACGGGACUUCAAUGACCCCCGAGACGGAAUCCUCCAGUUUACAUUCCAGCUAAGGUCUCUCCGAGCUGCGCUGCCUUCUGUACAUAUUAUGUGAUAAUUGUAAGAAGGUUUAAAGAAAUUAUGAGAAUAAUGAGGUGCAGUCUGCUGGUCCAUGACUUCUCCUCCUCUGUAGAGUUUCACUUGUAAAUAUUAUUCAUAUAUCUGUGUUUAGUGGCGCAAAAACAAAAAGGGCAUGCACCAUAUUCCUUAUGUAAAAAUGAUUUCUAGUCAGUAUUUUCUGUAUUUAACAGCUGUUGGUGCAUGUGUAAAUGAUGUGAUCUACUGCACAUGCACUUUCUACACUUCAGAAAGUGCAAAGUUGCGCCCCUGCCUGUGUACAUAUUGUAACUUUGUACAUGUUUGUAAUAAAAUAUAUAAAACCAA